AACAAGAAGACGAGGAGAGACCAGGUGAGCUAUUACUGUAACUAUAUCUCUCUUGUUAACAAUGUAUCUCUGCAUUUGUUGACAUAUGUCUCUGUCAAUGAAACCAAUUUAGGCAAAGAGGAAAAAAAUGGUUAAUUUAGACACUCAAAUUUUUGUUUGGGAGAGAGAGAGGAAUAAACGGCAAUGUAAGCGUAGAGGGAUGAUGAGAGGCUAAGAAAAUUUCCCUCUCUCCAUCUCUUUUGCAUCUCCUCCUUUCAAAAAUACUCUCUCUCUGGUUUUUCCAGGUUGAGAUACUAUUAAGGGGAUUUACACGUUUACAAAGACAGGACAAUUCAUUUCUUCAUUUCUGUAUUGGAACCUUGCAAUUACUAACUGGCUUUUGUUUUAGAGUUUUGAGAUUUGCAUCAUGGGAACUACCUACACUUAUGAUAUCUAAACAUGGUCUGCAUUCUUGAUUUUUCCGAACCUGUUUCAAGGUUCUCGCUUUUUACGUUUCUCUGACGCAUUACAAUCCCUCUCUCUCUCUUUGUAUGUUUUGUCCAUUGGAUUCUGGUGGCAGUUUCUUCGGUUUGAUUAUCCUCAGCUUGUCUUUUACAUCAGCAAGGAAGCGUGAUCAUCUCAGGUCAAAGGUGAGCUACUUUAUAACGGAAGAAGAAUCGUCAUUAACCUGGAGAUAUUCCGAAAAUGGACUUAGCUUCUAAGAAGAACACAGCUAAUGUCGGUUCCAAGGAGAUAGACCCAAUAAAACCUAAGUCGCCUCGUUCAAGCCUCUCUCCAUUUUCACUUAAACUAGGAGACAAUGUUCCCCGAAACCCUCAUUUUGAUCCCAAGAAGAUGGAUCCUCUCGUCAAACAUCAACCGCCAAAGUCUCUUGAACCUCCCCCCUCGACUAGAGGGACCAAUAGCGAGGGUGACUUAAAGCAUAACACCUAUUCUAGCGAUGGUGAUAGCUUAGCAAUGCGGAAGAAUGCUCCUAAAAAUCUUCAUUAUGAUCCCAAAAAGAUUGUUCCUUUGACCACAUCUGAAACAUACUCGCCAAGUGCCAGAAAUCAUCACCACCACAGGACAAAGUCCCCAGACAAGAAGAGAGCCCCUAGACAUAAUGGGGACUAUGCCUAUGGUGAUAACUUGGUAGGUCCAUCAGCUCAACCUUUCAAGCCUCACACGGGAGGGGACGUGAGGUGGGAUGCCAUUAACUCAAUCGCUUCUAAAGGUCCUCAAAUAGGUCUCGACAACUUCAGGCUUCUGAAACGUCUAGGGUAUGGGGAUAUAGGCAGCGUUUAUCUUGCAGACCUGCGGGGGACAAAUGCGGUUUUUGCAAUGAAAGUGAUGGAUAAGGCCUCCUUGGCCAGCAGAAACAAGUUGCUGAGAGCACAAACCGAAAGAGAAAUCCUAUCCCUGCUUGAUCAUCCUUUCUUGCCGACUCUCUAUUCUUACUUUGAGACAGAUAAAUUCUACUGUUUGGUCAUGGAGUUCUGCAGCGGCGGAAAUCUCCAUUCUCUCAGACAGAAGCAACCCAGCAGGCGUUUCACAGAAGAGGCCGCGAGGUUCUACGCGUCUGAAGUGCUAUUGGCUUUGGAGUAUCUACACAUGCUGGGGGUUGUGUACAGAGACUUAAAGCCAGAGAACAUCCUUGUUCGAGAUGAAGGCCACAUAAUGCUCUCAGACUUCGACCUCUCCCUCCGUUGCACCUUUAAUCCGACCCUCGUUAAAUCCUCCUCAGUCUGCAGCGGGGGAGGUGCUAUCCUCAAUGAGGAGUUUGCUGUCAAUGGCUGCAUGCAUCCAUCCGCCUUUCUUCCCCGCCUACUCCCUUCCAAGAAAACCCGUAAAGCGAAAUCAGACUCUGGUCUCGGUGGCCUCUCUAUGCCAGAGCUCAUGGCAGAGCCAACAGAUGUGCGGUCAAUGUCCUUUGUGGGCACACACGAGUACCUAGCUCCAGAGAUCAUACGUGGCGAGGGACAUGGCAGCGCUGUGGACUGGUGGACAUUCGGGAUCUUCCUUUAUGAGCUCCUCCAUGGGACCACCCCGUUCAAGGGGCAGGGAAACAGAGCCACGUUGCACAAUGUGGUGGGUCAGCCGCUGAAGUUCCCGGAUACCCCGCAUGUGAGCUCAGCGGCACGUGAUCUCAUCCGCGGACUACUAGUGAAGGAUCCACACAGAAGGAUCGCUUACACGAGGGGGGCCACAGAGAUAAAGCAACACCCUUUCUUUGAAGGAGUGAAUUGGGCUCUAGUUCGUAGUGCUGCCCCACCUCACAUUCCAGACCCCGUGGACUUGGGACCGUACGCGGCCGCUAGAGGUAAGACCAAGAGCCAUGGAGGUGGUGAUCACUGUAACUCAAUGAAGCCGGAGCCUCUGGUCGCCUGUGCUGCUGGUCCCACGGAUGAUACGGCGUAUAUAGAUUUCGAGUACUUUUAGACUUAAAACUCCACAAGCUGAAAGUUUCGAUAUGUUUGUUUUUGUUCAUAUUCUUUAAUUUUGGCGAAUACAAAUUGUGAUUUAUAAAAGAAGAACAGAUGACUUGGUUUAAGAGACUAAAAGAGUUUUACUAAAAGAGUU